GGAGGUGCGGCCCGCGGAGCCAGCUGCCCGGGAAGGGGCUCCAAGAAGCACAAGUCGGCGCCGGUCCCGGACCAGGCUGUUGUUCUCAACGCGGUCCGACGUGGUGGAAUAAAAGCUGAGCGGGGCGCCCGCGUCGCCAGAGCGCGGCGCGCACGCCCAGCGAGCUCCAGCGGCAGCGGCCACUCCGACUCUGUUCGCUCGGCGGGGACCGCGCCCCGCGCUCCGCUCCCUCCUCCGCCCGGCCCCGUCCAGCCCUGCCGCCCGGCCCCAGGCCCGGCCGCGGCCGCUCCCGCCCGGAGCCGCCGCGCGCCCCCAGUCCCCCGGCACCGCCGCGGCCCCUCGCCUUUCUCUUCCCGGCGCGGCCCCCCGGCUUCCGCGCGCCGCCCGCCACCAACCCGCUCGCCACCAUGUCGGUGGAGCUCGAGAAGGCCUUGCCGCUCACCUCGGCCGAGGGCCCGGCUCGGAAGGCGGUGGCACCGGCAGUGGCCAAGAAACGAAAGAGCAGCAAGAAGAAGAACCAGCCAGGCAAGUACAGCCAGCUGGUGGUGGAGACAAUCCGCAAGUUGGGCGAGCGUGGCGGCUCAUCGCUGGCCCGGAUCUACGCGGAGGCCCGUAAGGUGGCCUGGUUCGACCAGCAGAACGGGCGCACGUACCUCAAGUACUCGAUCAAGGCUCUGGUACAGAACGAUACGCUGCUGCAGGUGAAGGGCACUGGCGCCAACGGAUCGUUCAAGCUCAACCGCAAGAAACUGGAGGGCGGCGGGGAGCGGCGCGGGACCCCGGCGGCCACCCCUGCGCCGCCGUCCGCCCCGCACAACGCCCGGAAGGCGGCCCCAGCCCCGGGUGCUAGCGGGGCGCGGCGUGCGGACAGGAAGCCCAGCAAGCGCGCGCGGAAGGCGGGCGCCGCCAAGGACAAAGGGGCCAAGGCCGCGAAGGCGACGACUGCUUCUGGCAAGAAGGUGAAGAAGGCGGCCAAGCCCAGCGUCCCCAAAGUACCCAAGGGGCGCAAGUGACCUCCCCAGCGGGCGGCCCCGGCGCCAUCGCAGCUUUUCCACCCGAGCUUGUUCAGAUCCCCUCGCCAGCCCAGCCCGAUCCCCCACUUUACUCUCCCUCCCUCCUGCCCCUUUCUUCCCCUCCCCCCAGGAUGGAGCGUUUUUGUUGUUUGCUUUAGAUUUUUGAAACAGCUCUGGCGACGCCCCCAUUGGCUCUCGCCUUUAGCAACGGCCGUCGCCAUAGUGACGGGCCCCUGGGCGCCAAUGGCGGAGGCUGUGCCUGCUGCCCGGGUGAAGACGCUGGUUGGCGGGAUGCUCCAGGCCGGGUACGCUACAGGCAACAAACAAUUACGCGGCGCCUCUUUCUAUCCCCUGGGCUUGCGGGGCGCAAUAAAUUGUUUAAACCUUUC